AUGCACGCCAAGGCCGUUGCUCUUUCUCUCGCCGCUGCGGUCGUCGUCCGCGCUGAUCUUCGCAUCAACAACAACGACAUCCCUCAGGACUGCUCUGCCAUCUGCCGCCCUAUCCGUGACCUUGGCAACAUCUGCACUGUCAACUUCAACCUUGGCCAGGGCAACAACAACAGCGACCAGACUCAGGAUCAGCUUGACGCUCAGUGUGUCUGCACCAACAGCUCAUUCGACCUGAAGAGCUUGGGUCCCCAGUGCAAUGCCUGCAUGAUCGACAAGGUCCCCCAGGACCAGCAGCGCAGCCUUGAGGGUAUCCAAAGCAUCAUGAGCGUUUGCCAGCUCCCCAGCGCCAGCGGCUACGUCUCGUCCUCCACCAGUGUCGCCAACACCGUCAUCGUCCUCGCCACCCGUCUGACUGCCAGCUCGCAGCUGACCACCACCUUGGGCGGCGCUCAGACUACCGCCGAGCCCAGCCGCACUCGUUCCAGCGACCGCUCCACAAUCACCACCACUUUCCUUACCUCCGGCAACGGUGGACUCCCCUCCAUCGCCACUUCCACCAUCGUUGGCGGCGGCCGCGAGACCGGUAACGCUGCCCCUGGCCUUGUUGCCCCCGGCAGCCACGGCCUUCUCGGAGCUGCUGGUGCCAUCGUUGCUGGUGCCUUCGCUCUUGGUGCCUUCAUGCUCUAA